AUGUUUAGGAGAUUGACUUUUGCACAACUGCUUUUUGCCACUGUCCUUGGAAUUGCUGGAGGAGUAUAUAUUUUUCAACCAGUAUUUGAACAGUAUGCCAAAGAUCAGAAGGAAUUAAAAGAAAAGGUGCAGUUGGUACAAGAAUCAGAAGAGAAGAAAAGUUAAUACUACAUGGAGUUAGGCCGGGCGCAGUGGCUCACGCCUGUAAUCCCAGCACUUUGGGAGGCCGAGGCGGGUGGAUCAGGUGGUCAGGAGUUCAAGACCAGCCUGACCAACAUGGUGAAACCCUGUCUCUACUAAAAAUACAAAAAUCAGCCAGGCUUGGUGGCAUGCGCCUGUAAUCCCAGCUACUUGGGAGGCUGAGGCAGGAGCAUCACUGGAACCUGGGAGGCAGAGGUGGCAGUGAGUCAAGAUCACGCUGCUGCACUCCAGCCUGGGUGACAGAGCGAGACUCCAUCUAAAAAAACAAAAAGCAAAAAAAACCCACAAAUACCUCAUGGAGAUGAGCCGUAAUAAUUGCUUAAAGUUCCAUUUAAUUAUGUUAACUCUAAAUAAUCUAGCAAAAACAUAGAUGUACUUAAAAAUAAAUCAUGGAUAAUGAUUUUUUAACCUAA